GUUGUUCUUUUCAGGAGCCAUAGCCACAUGAACUGGCAUAUCACCCACAAUGUUCGGAAACUCGUGUUAGUUGGAAGCAAAAUACUGAUUCUUGCACGCUCCAAGCUUCUUGGGCCAAAUUAGGAACGCGGCAUGAAAAAAAUGAUCUUGCAAACCCAACAACAAGCUCACCAACUUUUCAUGUUCUCAUCCACUUAUAACAAGUCCAACCUUACCUUCAAUCACCAUGGGCAAAUUCACUUCUCCUGCACAUUUUCACGAGUGCCAUUCAUGUCCCUUAGCAUGGGAAUGGGAAAGCCUUACAAGAGGAGGAAUAGGAACCGGAGCAAGUGUUUCUCUUCUUCUACAACAACGCCAGCUCCAUUGCCACCAGACCCAGAUAAGGAAGUGAAGAAAGUUGCGGAAGAGAGUGAUGAUGUGGUUGUAGAGGGUGGGAGUCCCGAUCUGCAAACCCUUUUCAGAAGGUUCUGGAAAGUGGCAGCUCCAUAUUGGUCUUCGGAUGACAAGGCUCAGGCUAGGUUGCAGCUUGCAGGUGUCUUUGCUCUCACUUUGGCUACAACUGGAAUCAGUGUUGGCUUCAAUUUCUUGGGGAGGGACUUCUACAAUGCACUUGCCAACAAGGAUCAAGAACAAUUCACCAAGCAACUGCUUUACUACUUGGGUGGCUUUGCUGGAGGAAUCCCGUUUUUUGUGUUGAGAGAUUAUGCAAGAGAAACUCUUUCCUUGAGAUGGAGGUCUUGGAUGACAAGCUAUUACAUGGAUCGCUAUCUUAAGGACCGGACUUUCUAUAAAAUUCAGUCUCAGUCAAUCAUUGAUAAUCCAGACCAGCGAAUUGUUGACGAUCUAAGUUCGUUCACUGGGACUGCUCUUUCUUUCUCCUUGACACUCUUCAAUGCUGCUGUUGACUUGAUCUCAUUCAGUAAUAUCUUAUAUGGAAUCUAUCCUCCCCUCUUCGUUGUACUUCUUGUAUACUCUGUUGGUGGGACAGCUAUUAGUGUUUUCCUUGGGAGGGAAUUGGUGACUUUAAACUUCUUGCAAGAGAAAAAAGAAGCAGACUUCCGUUAUGGGCUUGUGAGGGUUCGGGAAAAUGCCGAAUCGAUUGCUUUCUAUGGUGGUGAAGAUAGCGAAAUGCAACUUCUUCUGCAGCGUUUCAAAAGUGCUUUUGAAAAUCUGACUAGAUUGUUGAUUUCUUCUAGAAAUCUGGACUUCUUCACCAGUGGCUACCGCUAUCUCAUUCAAAUUCUUCCUGCCGCUGUUGUUGCUCCAAUGUAUUUCUCUGGAAAGAUUGAGUUUGGUGUCAUCAAUCAAUCAGUCUCUGCUUUUAAUCAUAUCCUUGGUGACUUCUCCCUCAUUGUGUACCAGUUUCAAGCUAUAAGUGCUUUUUCUGCAGUUAUUAAUCGGCUAGGUGAGUUUGAUGAUAUUUUGGACAGAAGCAGCUCAAAAUCUCUGUCUGAUACUUUGGAAGACAUACAUAUUACAUAUAAAGAUUUCAGAAGUUCGUCUGCAUUGGAAUCUAAUGGAUCGACACCAUCAGAAAGUUAUGAAACAUUGCUGGAGAUAAACAAUUUGACUCUUAAAACUCCAAGUGAAUCUACACUUAUAAGAGACUUAUCAGUGACAAUCAAAGAAAAGGAUAAUUUAUUGGUGAUGGGACCAAGUGGAAGUGGUAAGACCUCCUUGUUAAGAGCUCUGGCUGGUCUAUGGAGAACUGGAACCGGAAAGAUUGUGUACUAUGUAAAAGGUGGAGAAGAGUCUGAGCGAAUGAUUUCUUCCGAUGCAAAUACUCCUUCAAUAAAUGUUGCUAAUGAUACAUUUGAAGAUCAUGGAAAAUUUGCAAGCAAAAAAUCUAGAAUUUUUUUCCUUCCUCAAAGACCAUAUAUGGUUUUGGGCACUCUUCGUCAACAAUUGCUUUAUCCAAUAUGGACUGAUGACACAGUUUCUACAUCAGGAGAUACUGAACAAAAAAAUGUGCUUCCUUUCUUGACUAAGUUCCCAAACUCGGACAUCAUAAAAGAUAAGCCUAUGAAGCCAACAACGAAUGAGCUAAUAAAGGUCUUAGAGGAUGUCCGCCUUGGCUAUUUAUUGGCUCGAUUCAGUUUAGAUUCCACAUAUGAAUGGUCUAGUGUUCUUUCUUUGGGAGAGCAGCAACGCCUUGCAUUCGCUCGUCUUUUGCUUUCGAGGCCUCAGUUGGUCUUGUUAGAUGAAUCAACAAGUGCACUUGAUGAAGCCAAUGAGGCUCAUUUGUACCAGUUGAUUGGAGCAGCAGACAUAACAUACAUCAGCAUUGGCCACCGGUCCACGUUGCGCUAUUACCACAGCAAGAUCCUAAGCAUAUCCACGGCGGAUUCCGACGAUGAACAGUUAAAUUGGAGUAUUGGACCCACAAGACAUGAAUCCUCUCUAGAAUUUACAAAUCAAUGAUUUUAGGGAGCUUCAGAAUUGGUUGCAAAUUUUGCAAUGCUUUGAUACGAGUGCUCCGAAUUUGUUGAAAUAUAAGUUUGAUGUACCUGGAUGUCAAUAUGUAGGAUUUUCCGUGCAACUAGCUGCUACAACAUUCAACUUUAAUAUACACGUGAAUGAAUAUUAGGAAACUUGGCCGUUUUCAUUUCA